GUCGUGGCAUGCUGAUUCGAGGCCCGCCCGCCAAAAGAACAUCCGGCGGAACGCUCCUCCUGCAGUCAUGCGCUUCGCUUGACUUGAACGGUGGUAAGCAGGUGACGAGCACCAACGGUCGCCCGUACAACACCGGCAACGGUUUCGUCUGCCAACGCUCUGCACGCGCACUCGACAGGCUAUCUGCAGGUACUGUAAUGCACACACCUGUUGUGAUGCACAGGCGGAUGUGUUCGCUGUGACCGGUCGCGCGUACGAACGUUAGGCGGAGAAUUGCAAGC